AUGAAUGCCUCAUGGUUUCUCUCCACUCUCACUUUGGUGCUUCUCAUUGGAGAGAGCAUAGCUUGGUAUUACAACACCUCCAUCGAACUCAUGACGUACGAUGAAGCCAGUGCGUACUGUCAACAGAAGUACACACAUCUGGUGGCGAUUCAGAACAAAGAAGAGAUCAAUUAUCUAAACUCCAACCUGAAAUAUUCACCAAGUUAUUACUGGAUUGGAAUCAGAAAAGUCAAUAACGUGUGGAUCUGGGUGGGGACCCACAAGCCUCUGACUGAGGAGGCUAAAAACUGGGCACCCGGUGAACCAAACAACAAACAAAACAAUGAGGACUGUGUAGAAAUCUACAUCAAAAGACGCAACGACCCAGGCAUGUGGAAUGACGAGAGAUGUGACAAAAAGAAACUGGCUCUGUGCUAUACAGCUUCCUGUACCCCUGCAUCCUGCAGUGGGCAUGGUGAAUGUGUGGAGACCAUCAACAGUUACACUUGCAAGUGUCAUGCUGGCUUCCUUGGACCCAACUGUGAGCAAGUUGUGACCUGCAAAGAACAGAAACACCCUGACCAUGGAAGCCUGAAUUGCACCCAUCCUUUUGGCCUCUUCAGCUAUAAUUCCUCCUGCUCUUUCAGCUGUAACAGGGGCUACCUGCCCAGCAGCACAGAGACCACCAUGCAGUGUAUGUCCUCGGGAGAAUGGAGUGUGCCUACUCCAGCCUGCCAUGUGGUUGAAUGUGAAGCGUUGACACACCCUGCCAAUGGAGUCAGGGAAUGUACCUCAAAUACUGGGAGCUUCCCAUGGAACACGACCUGUACAUUUGACUGUAAUGAAGGGUAUCAGCGAGUUGGAGUUCAGAAUCUACAGUGUACCUCAUCUGGCAUCUGGGACAAUGAGAAGCCAUCGUGCAAAGCUUUCCAGUGUGAAGCCUUAUCCAGGCCACAAUGGGGCCACAUGAAAUAUCUUCCCAGUACUUCCGGACUUUUCCAAAGUGGAUCCAGUUAUGAGUUCUCCUGUGUACAAGGAUUUGAAUUGAAGGGAUCAAAAAGGCUUCAGUGUGGCCCAAGAGGGGAGUGGGACAGCAAAAAGCCUACAUGUUCAGCUGUGAAGUGUGAUGCUAUCCCUCAGCCCCAGAAUGGUUUCAUGGAGUGUGCUCAUGCUACUACUGGAGAAUUUACCUACAAGUCCUCAUGUGCCUUUCAGUGCCACAAGGGCUUUAAAUUACACGGAUCAGCUCAACUUGAAUGCACAUCCCAGGGACAGUGGACCCAGGAGGUGCCCUCCUGCCAAGUGGUACAAUGUUCAAGCCUUGAAGUUCCAGGAAAGAUGAACAUGAGCUGCAGUGGGGCACCUAUUUUCGGCACUGUAUGUGAAUUUACAUGUCCUGAUGGAUGGACACUCAAUGGAUCUGCAAUUCUGACAUGUGGUGCCACAGGACACUGGUCUGGGAUGCUGCCUACCUGUGAAGCCCCCACCGACUCCACCCGUCCCUUGGUAGUGGCACUUUCUACGGCAGGAACCUCACUCCUGACAUUAUCCUCAUUUCUCUACUUGUUGCUGAGAUACUUCCGGAAGAAAGCAAGGAAAUUUGUUCCUGCUAGCAGCUGCCAAAGCCUUCAGUCGUGUGGCAACUAUCAAGUCCCUUCUCAAGUCAUCUAA